AACAUAUAUAUUUUAAGUCAGGGAGACGACACAAUCUGCUUCGACACUCUGCAGGACGCAGCCUCCGCUAUCGCCUCAGGCUCAGGUGACACCGUGACAAGGAAUUGAAAACUAGGAAGUUGUGUUACUGUGAAAGCUAUCUUUACAAAACCAAAGAGUCAUGUCGUUCAUGAAAGGUGAUUUGAUUACAAGAACGAGAAAGCUUGUGAAAGGUUUGGCCAAGGCCGAGCCUAUUUGGCUCAAAGCCAUGGAACAGGCCCCACCUGCGACAUUUCCCCGUGUUGAUAACACUUUUAAGCCAAUCAGUCUGUCUGAGGAUGUUUAUGUAAAAAAAUUCUUUAAGAAGCAUCCAGACUCUAAACAUGACGAUCCUAUCAGGUUACGUGAUUUUAAUCCCCCUCCAGCCCGUGUGUUUGGUUGGCGAGUGCUCGAGUUGACGGAGCAGGGAGUGAGUGAGGAGGAAGCUAUGGCCCUAGCAGAUAUGGAAUAUCGAGCGGAGAAAAAGGCCAAAAAGAAGGCAUAUGUUCGUUUGAAGCAAAUUGCACGUCAACAGGGGAAAAAGCCUCCUCCAAACCCAUAUCCUAGUGCUAUCAAGGAGAUACAGGCUGAAGAGAGGAAGUAUGUCCGUGAACGUUUCCAUAAUCCCGAUAUACUGAAAAUUGUGCAGAAGAUGAAAGAGGAUAGGGCAGCUGAGAUGAAUGACAGAACCAGAGGCGGUGGCGGUUUUGGUGGCUGGUAAAGUAGCAUGAUGGAUCAAAUGUGGACUCAUCCUUUUCUCUUUGAAGUUGAGUUAUAAUAAUACUUUUAGUUGGUCAGUUAUUGGGAUAUCUUUUACAUGAAUUUGAUUUCCUGAAAUUUUGUCAGUGGAACUAUCAGAUAAAAAUGAAUAAGAAUUGAACUAUAAUGUUGCCAAUAUUUCUUGCUGUUGAUUUAUUAUUUUUGCA